GUUUGUUUGCUGCAAAUUUUCUGUAAACAUUACAAUUAAUGCAGAAACUUUAAUAAAUGGGAAUCACUUUAUUGCAUCCAAUAUCAAGUUAUGCCCUAAAAGACCAUGAAGUGUCCUUCUGCCUCAACGAGCCAGGUUAGAGUUCACAGGGCCGCCUAAAAUCCUUCAGAGGGCCAGAAACUGCCCCCGAGCCUCAGGUUGGACACCCCAGCUGUUCAGUACAUUUACAGGAUGAGAUGUAAAACAGGACAGGUUGACAGAAACAUGUUACUGGAUGGCUCUGUUGUUGAAGCGCGGCUCCUUUAAGGCGGCGGCCAUUUGUUUCUCCCUGCAGAUCAGCAAAGAGACGCUCACCUUCCAGGACAUCAUGAAGUGUUACCGCAGCCAGCCGCAGGCCAGCAGCCACGUGUACCGUAGUGUGUUGCUUCGUCACACUCCCAGAGAGCAGCCAGCCGAUGAAAACAUGGAGGUGGACUCCGUGUCUGGAGGAGAAUCAGAGAAAGCCAGUCAGCAGCCAGCAGGCAGACAUCCUGACCAAUCAGAGGAGGAGGAGCGUGGUGACCUCAUCCAGUUUUACAACAUGGUGUUUGUCCUGAAGAUGAAGAGCUUCGCUAUGCGCUACGCCACCGGCGACGCCCGGGCCGACGCUCCACCCCUCUCUCCGUUCCCGUCGGUCCGCGCUCAGCCUCUGUCGCCGCGACGCGUCAGUCAGAGACACUCGCUCUACGUUUCACCUCACAAGAACUCAGCAGGGAGUCUGACGCCGAACUCCUUCACCUACAGGAUCAACAGCAGCCCGUCCAAGGCAAACACACACACACACACACACACAAACACACAGUUCUCAGCAGAGGAUGCGCCUGAGAAUCAGCUGCCUUCUAAGAAAUGAAUCAGAAAAAUAAGAUUUUCGACAAAACGAGAAGAAAAGUACUUUUUUGGAAAAAGUCUUUACAUAUUUUUGUGCAUUUUUUCCCACUGUAUUUUUGGGACUAUAAGCUGCUACUUUUUCCCCACGGUUUGAACCAUGAGGCUUGCAGCGUGGUGCGGUUUUUUCUUCAACCACCAGGGGGCUCUUCAGCAGGAAGUGAACCACUGGAAGCGGUGGCGGCUGGUGGUGAUAUUUGAAGGGUGGGCAGCGUGGAAACAUACCAAAGACCAAGCUUACAUAGAGGCUCUGCAGUUGUCCGCAUUAAUUCCUCUGCAUUAAUUCCCCAACACUGAACACAAUCACACUGGUAAAAUUAAACAUGAUAAGAUAUAUUUUGAUAUAAAUGAGGCGUACCUUAUUUAAAGAGAAACUCACUCCAACGAAUUUUCUGCGAUGCAAAAAGGCUAAAUAAUCCACCUAGUUUAUGCUAAUAUUGCUCACCAUCGCUCCUUCUCAGUCUACACCAAACCACGCCCACACACUGGCGCUUGAGGAAAGUCCAUCCUGAUUGGUUGAAUCCUGUGGCAGUGGGCCGCACAGCGAGGGGGCGUGGCUAGACGCCUGUCAAUCACUCUGAGCCUGACAGUUAGCUGAAUGGGGCUGUUAGCCCUUCGGAAAGACCCGGGAUUUUCCCAGGCGGUUUGACACCAGGUUUGUUGAAAAUUUAACAAAAUGUGAUACAUUAUUUAUAAAAUUAAGUUAUUUUUAAGUUGUUUAUUUUAACAACUUUAUUGUAAAUGUCAGGGAGGGCUUAGCCCUGCUAGCCCACUUAUAGCAGCCGUCCCUGAUUGGAAGUCAAAAUUGGAAAUCAAAGAAGAAAGUCCUGAUUUUCAUUUAGAACAAACACAUGCUAGCAGCAAACACGCCAGAGAAAUGUUUCCAAACUCAUUCCCCCUCAUCAUGGAAACCACAGGACCGGGUUCAUAUGAUGAAGCUUUUAAGUUGAAGACUAUUGAUCAGAUCGAUAGUCGCUUCACAUCAGCUCGGCGUGAACGAAUCCAUAUCUAAAAUAUUUA